GCGGACCACUAUGCCCAACAAUCUAACGAGAGAAGCGACGCGAACAAUGUUGCCAGAUCGUUGACUAUGCCACAGAACUGCGAUACUUCCCGACACCGUUAUCUGGUCGAUAACGAUAAGUUAGUUUGUACUGUAAGGUAGGGAUAUUUUUGUCGGUGAGAUUAUCGUAACAUAAUUUAUCGGGUACUCGCGGUGCCGAUAAGACAUUUAUCUGCCAGAUAUAUAUAGUUAUCAAGGUUUUUAUAUAAAAACCUUAUUACUGUAGUGUCGUGAAAAGUUGUUUUUAUUUUAAAAAAACAUGGAUAGAAAAAGAAGUAAACGUUCUACAAAUUAUACAAAGGAGGAGUGUUGGCGAUUAAUACAAUUAGUCGAAAAACUAGCCAAUGUUAUUGAAAAUAAAAAAACAGACGGAGUAACUUGGAGAGAGAAGAAAAGGGCAUGGCAAAAAAUUUGUCAGACUUUUAAUUCGACUGGUAAAACAAACCGUACAUCGCAACAACUGCGUAGCAAGUAUGAAACGUUAAAAAAAGAAGUCCGUCAAGCUGUUGCUAAACAUCGAGCUGAUGUGUCGAGUACUGGUGGAGGUCCAUGUAAAGUAAAGUUGAGCCCAUUGCAUGAAAGAGUUCAAAGUUUGAUACAACCAAGCGGCGAUGGAACACCAUCACAAUUUGACAGUGAAUUUGAUUGUUUAGAUAUCAAAGUUGAACCACAGAACUUGAUAACUUUCGUAGAUGACGAAUUAAAGGGUGAUGAAGCUCCUUUAAGUCCUAACAUACCUGUUGCAAUAGAUGCAGAACAUAUUGAAGUUACGAAUACAUCAAUUUAUGAAAGCAACAAUACGGAAGUUACAGAUGCAGAUGACAUUGUUGAAGAAGAUAAUAAUAGGAGUCAUUACUCUCCUGUCCAAUUAAGAAAAGCCAAAUAUCUGGCUUUGCAGACCAGAAAAAGGAACAGAGCUAGUAAAAAUAUAAAUCUUUCUGCAGCUGGGCGGGAAAUGCAACCUUGGUUAGACGCUAAAGCUGAUCUAACAAAUUUAAAAAUCAAAUUGCUACAAGAAGAAUUCGAUGCCAAACAACAAAGGGAAAAAGAGCUGCAUGAACAACAAUGUCAAAUUAACAAACAACUAAUAGAAAUAAAUAACCUAACUAUUAAAAAAACUUUACUAGAAAUAGAAAAGAUUUUAGAUGGUUAAA